AUGGACCCGAGCAUCAUCCUCAACACCCUGACCGGCAUCGAUGAUAGCAUUCUGGCGACAGUUUUGGCUCAGCUCAUGCAGAGCAAGCCUGAGCUGGCCCCCGGCUUGGUCAAUGUCUGCGUUCCGGACUUGACCUUCGCUCCUAGCAAGGCCUUGACGGAGAAGCGCUGCAUAGGCACCGUAGCGAAGCUGAACCCAGCGAUGGGUGUGGGCUUCAUCAACUGCCCCGAGCUAAGCGCAGUCUUUGGCUGCGACGUGACAGUCAAAGCACUUCAGCUUGGGGGCUUCGUCGAAGGACAGGAGGUAAACUUCGCCGUGACUUUGAACGAUGAGAACAAGCCUCAGGCCUUUGACUUGGCAGACAACAAGACGGGGAUGAACGGCCAAAUCGGGUGCAUGGGCUGCGGAGGGAUGCCUUCCAUGGGGGACAUGGGUCCCGGUUGUGGGAUGGGCUGUGGCAUGGGCGGCUGUGGCGGCUGUGGCUGUGGCGGGGGCUGCGGUUGUGGCUGCGGAGGCUGCGGCUGCGGCUGCGGCGGGGGAUGUGGCAUGGGGGGCUGCGGCUGUGGUGGCUGUGGCUGUGGUGGUUGUGGCUGCGGCUGCGGAGGCUGUGGUUGCGACGGCAUGAGUGGCGACAUGAUGGGUAUGAAUGGGCCGAUGGGUGGCAUGAUGGGAGGUCCCGGUCCGAAAGGCGGUGGAAAAGCCAAUGAGGAGGUCCUAGGAGAGUUCUAUGGGAUCAUCAAGAGCUACAACCCCGAGAAAGGCUUCGGCUUCAUUGCCUGCGAUGCGUUGAAGCAGCAGCACGAAGGCGAUGUCUAUCUGAACAGCAGGCAUGUGGGCGAGUUCAAGGUCGGCCAGGAGGUGAAGUUUCAAGCCUUCCUCCAUAACGGCCGGCUGCAAGGUAGGGAGCUCCAGGAUGCCACGGGGCUUGUGGGCCCACAAAGUGGUGCAGCACCUGGCUUUGCAGAAGAGCAGGAGCUCGGUGUCUUCACCGGGAGAAUCAAGAAUUUCCAUCAGGACAAAGGCUUCGGCUUCAUUGUCUGUGAAGCACUGAACAUGCAGGGCUUCCAGGGCGAUGUCUUCCUGCAUCAGAGGCACAAGGGGGAAUUCAGGGAAGGCGAUUUCGUGGCGUUCAUGGCCGUGCUCCGAAACGGAAAGCUCCAAGCCAAGGACCUCGAGCAAGCACCCCCAGGUGGUGACGGAGGCCUAGGCAUGGGCGGUGGCAUGGGUCCAGGUCCCAUGGGCUGUCCAGGUUGCAUGGGAGGCCCUAUGGGCGGUCCAUGCAUGGGUGGGCCCAUGGGCGGCCCGAUGGGUGGUUGCAUGGGCGGCCCGAUGAAUGGCCCUAUGGGCGGCUGCAUGGGCGGACCUGGCCCGAUGGGUUGCGGCAAAGGCUGCGGCAAGGGCUUCGGGGACAAGGGCAAAAAUGCUUUGCUGCACUGCCCCAUGGUCAUGUCCGUGGGAAGCCUAGCGCAUGUGGCACCCAAUGACCAGGCCGAGUCCGCUCCUGUAACAACCCAGGCCCCAUCGGCCGUGGAAGGGGUACAGAACUUCGAUCCUCUGAAGGCAGCUGUGGAGCGCAACGCGCAGUAUGUGAAGGAGCACAAGCUGGUGAUGGCCUCCCGCGAAGAUGAGCAGAGCCAGGUCUUCAAGAUCGAAGCAGCCUUUAGAUCCCUGGACAAGGACCACAGCGGAUUCCUAGAUGAAUCGGAGAUUUCGCAGGGGCUGCAGAACGCCGGCAUCGAUCCCCCGGCCGACAUGGCCGCCUUCAUGAAAGAGGUUGACACAAACAGCGACGGCAAAGUCGACCUCACCGAGUUCAUCCGUAUCGCAGGGAAGCUGCUGGACCCCGGAAUGGGCAACGCCCUCAAGUCUCAUGCCAACCACCGGCGCUGGAUGGAGAUGAUCGCAAAGAGCUCCGGAAUCCCCCAUGUACCAACAGUGGAGGGCGAGGCAGAUGGCGAGGUGAAGGAAGCCGACCGUCAGAAUGUCGCAGACCUGAUGAACUCUCGCAGUUGGGAUAACUUGUACGAUCUGUUUGACGACAACGUGAAAGCAGCGUUCCCGAAAGACCAGUAUCUUCAGGCCAUGAAGUAUUGGGUCCAAAGCAACACGGUGAUUUCGCUCCCCGGCGGUGACGAGGGCUACUGGUUCAACUACUUACUCACAACCGAAACGGUGGUCUCCGUCUCGAGACUAAAGCUCGCAUUCAUGUUGGUGAACGGUAAAAUCAUCGGGAUCAACCCAGGCGCCCAGGCGGAAUCCACUCCUAUUCAGGACCCGCUCAGCGUUAAGUACGGGGUGUACUUUGAUACACAAAACGCCACGCCGCACCACAACAAGUGGCAUGCCAAAAUUGGUGCUGAAGACGAGUACCUUGUUGUUUGGCCGAAACCGUCGGCGCCCCACCAGAAGUUCGAGAUAUUCAGUUUCUACCUUGAACGGGAUGGACAGAAGAUCGAGUUGGAGAUGCUGGAUCUGACGGAGGAAAGCGGUGAAGUGCAGCCGCCUCACAACCACGUACACGUUGCCAAGGCUGUUGGCCCUGGCACGAUCAUUAUCGAGAUCAAAUAUGUGCAUGUGCCGCGACGGGUGGAAUUGUACAACGAGGCCACUCCACAGAAGUACUUUGUAGAGGACACGCAGCCGUUGGAAGAGAAGUACAAGCCCCAGCUCAUGCCGCACGGGGCGAAGUGGCAGGAAUUCUGCUCAAAAGGGGACCUUACGUGGCACAGGGACGCGGAGAACAUUAUGAUGUUCGCGCAGCGCACUUGGAAGCACAUCGCAUCGAACCACCGGUACGACAACUCGGCAGAGACUUCGGCACGCAGGACACUGGACGACAUCGUUGAGAGCGGGCUGGCGCACUGCGUGCAGCGGUCAAUCAUGUUCAACACGGUUAUGACGGCCAACGGUAUUGACUCUCGUUACAAUGUGACGAACGCGCACACGUUUCCCAACAUCCUGAUCCCCGGCUGCGGCUGGGUUCCAAUGGAGCCCACAGGAGACAUGUGGGACAUGUGCGAUAACUGUGACUGCAAUGACCAUGUGAUCUACAUCGGCUCGGUCCGCCAACUGACGUGGAGCACUCUGGGAAUCCAGGACCAACUGCUCGCCGAGGCGAAGAACAAGCUCAUGCGGUGCUUCAAUGAGAAGGACGACCUCGAGGGCGAGAUCGGCGAUGCCUUGAUGGCAUACUGGCCGACAUCAUACGAGCAGUUCAAGAACUUCGGCAACGUGACUUUCGUGAAGGAGGGUGUAUUCAAACAGACGCUGGACCCGGACAUUCUGCCAGCAUGGAUGGGUGUCACCCCGCCGCCGGUUGUGUACCUUGUCUGCACGUUUGCGAAUCACGGCGGCAAGCAGUUCUGCUUCCAGCUGUGGCUUGACGGCGGCAAAAUCAUCGGGAUGAUGCUGGUGAGCCCGGAGGAGUUCGACAAGAAGGAGGCCGAAAGCCAGGCCGAUCCGAAACCCGCAGCCAAGGGUUUCCCUGGGAACAACCCGCACCUGAUCAACUUGAAGCUCGGGAAGGGCAACAAACCAGCAAAGUUCUACUGGGAAGACGUCCUCGCAGCGCCUGGGAAGAUCCAGCUCGCACCCAUUGAAGCCUUGUCGAACCAGUUCGGGUACAACUACGAGUAA